UAUCAACAAACCAAAGAAAAUAUGUUCAUUUUAUUUGGUUUUUAUCAUAAAUCCUUGUUUCUUAUUCAUAAAAGUUAUAGCAAGUCUUAUUUAAAUGUUUUCGUUGUGUUAUAAUAAUAUAAAACGUAAUAAUUUGCAAACAUUUAAUAAAAUAUUUUUGGAAUAUAUUUUUUAAAAAAGACAUAAAUUAUAGGUUUUUAAGUAAGAAAAUAUUAAAUAAAAUGAAUUCGUAUAAAUGUGUUAAUUGUGGUGGUGCUGCCAGUGCUCUGUACAAAACGUAUGGGCCUUCUGUUUUAAAAUUAACAAAAUGUGCGAGCUGUAAGGGAGUGGUAGAUAAAUACAUAGAAUAUGAUCCCGUGAUUGUAAUGAUUGAUCUUGUCUUAAUGUCUAAAGAAGCACAACGGCAUAUUAUUUACAACACUGAGUUUAAGUCUUAUUGGAAGUUAUUUAUAAUUCUCAUAAUGCUAGAAACAUAUGGAGUAUGGAGAAAUGAUAGUCUCUUUAAUAUAGCUAUCAAUACAAUAUGCAAUAUAAAAAACAAUAGUACAAUUAAUUCUACUUAUAUUACCUUACCGAUAAACAUAUCGGUACCAGAACCUUGGAUGAGUGAUUGUAAAGGCUGGGCAUACGAGGAUAAGGAAUCCAUGGAUCUCUUUAUAUGGGAGAAAGACUUCUACAUACAAUUCUUGUCCAUAUUUACUGGAAUAAUAUUAUUCAUCACACUAGUUCACUUAUUAAUGAAGCUUUUUAAGAAAAUUUGUUUCCAAAAUGAAGUUUCAUUAACAAGAGUGCUGAAAUCGUUUUCGUUGGCCAACAUGAGCCUCCUAUUCACCCUCCCCAUGCUCGUGUGGGGCAACUCCGACACUCCUCCGGAGACGAGAAUGUUGCAUUACUUGAUGGUCUUCGUCUACAGCUUCAUUUUCUUCUAUAACACGUUCCGAGUGUUAUACGAGAGCCCUAAAACAGUGACUGCGAUUGUCCUCACUAUUAGUUACUGUGUUAAAUACAUAACGACAUUCCACAUGACGCCGUUUAUAAGGAAAAUAACAAGAUAGCAGUAAAUGAAAACUAAAGUUACCAAGAAAACUAUUGAUGAAUGAUAAAUCUGUUAUUAUAUAACGAAUACAUUCAUAAUGACUAUUAAAUAAAAAUAUAGCAGUCAACAAUGGUCUUUGUAACAAAUGCCUGUCUGAAUAUCUGUAUAAUUCCCACUUAAUUCUAAAUUUAGCAGAUUAUGCCAAAAAGUAGGAGUUUGUAACUUGACAUCAAAGUAGGCAGAUAUGAAUUAAUAAAAGUGAUAUAAUUGAUUGUAAAAAUAUAUACAAGAAACAAAUUGUUAAUACAAAGAGACAGGCAAGAACAGCGGGUAAGACUGACCAUCCAGACCAGAGGUAUUCAGAAUGAUGAACAAAGACACCCAACACCCAAGAAAGUCAACUGGAUUCACACAUUCUGAGUCAAUGAAGAAGUCAUCUGGGCUACAACAUCAAAGACAAACCAACUUUAAAUUGAAAAUUAAUACUAUAUCGAUUUUUUCCUUAAACAUAGAUUGUGAUAAACAUGCAGACACCUUAAAAAUGUUUUAGAUAAGAUCACACUAAAGGCAACAGCAGGUAAUGGAUAACAUGUCUGUGUAACAAUAUGAGUUACUUAUGCUGAUUUCAACCUAAGAAACAUUUCAACGGAACAUGUGCCAUAUGACUUCAGAGUCCUAAGUCCCUAAAUUUAUUAAAAAUACAUAGGAAUGGGAGGGGAUUAUUUAAAGGAUUGUUUCUUGAUGUAAUGCACAGACUAUUUGAAUAUAAAUUUUAACAACAACAAUAUGAAUAAACAACUCCUUACUGUAACAGAUGUAAAACACCAUGACACCUGUGCCCUUUGUUACAUGGCUCACUAACCCUUAAAAACUAGAAAAGAUAAAUACUUUGUACUUAAUAUAUAGAACGGGAAAAUCGAAGACAGAUUGUUACUACCCAGACCUACACAAACCCACCUGUGAACAUUUUAAUUGUGUAAAAUAUGUAAAUAUUUUUAGUAAUAAAUGAAAUAAAUACAUUUGCAAUA